ACAAUCACGGUUAGCUAUCCUUAUCCUUAGCCAGUAGCGAAAUUUCGGCAUUUUUCCAUCGCGAACGUGAAUUAAAUUCUGUUAAACGUUGUAAUUAGUUAAACACAACAAGUCCCAUUCAACAUGACCGAAGCCAGCGAAUCAUUUUUGGAAAAUUUCAGUUUGAAGCCUCUAACUAAAGAGAACAUCCUUUACUUUUAUUUUCCUCUGCAGAGUAUGGUAAGCUAUGCGGCUCUUUCUGUCAACGUUAUGAACCCGUCCAUUGCUAUCAGAUUGCUGCCGAAAAGAGACGUAACAAACUUUUUACUGGUGCACACUCUGUUCGGGACCACACUGUACUUGUACAGCAGGCCACAUCUGGCAGUCGUUCCGAGUCAACGCAGGGUUGCCUAUAGCAUUUGCGGAUCCGUUCUAUUUAGCUUCGGUUCGGUAUUAGUUUGGGCUGUGUUGCGAAGUGCCAUACCCCGCAACCACACUUUAGCCACUGCAUUGGGCCUUUCGUCGGGUUUCCUGUUGGCCAAGUUGACCUACGAUUACCUGGACAGUAAUGAUAAGCAGGUGGUUCCGAAGAAAAACUAAGCGAGCAAUGUGUAACAAUUUGAAAUUAAUGGGCUAGAGCUUUUUUAGCUGCGGCUAAGUCAAACGAUAGAACGGUUGAGUGGACAUCAAAGCUUGUUGCAGCGUUCUAAUUAUUCAACUGAUUUCGCUUGCUCGUGAAUCGUAUAGUCAAUAAAGUCUUCGACAGGA